CAGAUCGGCUAACAAGACCAGAUUCCGUUUUUUCCUACCUUCCAUUGGUUGCCGGGUGUGUCCGUUAAAAGUACAACCGUUGCUGCAUGUUUUGUUGACAUCUGAUUAACAAAUACAACGCUGAAGUUUUCUUCCUUGGUGGAUUCGGGUUUUUAAAUGGCUACAAAUUACCGGAAAUCGGUUGCCUCAACGAGCCAAAAGAAAAAGACAAGCUCCAAACCUGAUCUGACGGAGGAGCAGAAGCAGGAGAUCAAAGAAGCUUUUGAUCUGUUUGACACAGAUGGAACUGGGACAAUAGACAUCAAAGAACUCAAGGUUGCCAUGAGAGCGCUAGGCUUUGAACCAAAAAAGGAGGAAAUCAAGAAGAUGGUUUCAGACGUUGUCAAGGAUGGUUCUGGAACCAUUGAUUUCGAUGACUUUCUUUCUAUGAUGACCCAGAAAAUGAAUGAGAAGGAUAGCAAAGAGGAAAUACUGAAGGCUUUCCGACUGUUCGAUGAUGACUGCACAGGAAAAAUCUCUUUCAAAAAUCUCAAGAGAGUUGCGAAGGAGCUGGGAGAAAACCUCACAGAUGAAGAGCUGCAGGAAAUGAUCGACGAAGCUGACCAGGAUGGUGACGGAGAAGUCAACGAGCAAGACUUUCUACGGAUAAUGAAGAAGACCAAUCUGUACUGAAGCCACUGAGUGUUGCAGUUUUAAAACCUUUUCAGGAUUAAAUUCUGACCUUGUUCCAACUA